AGUGAAAUGCUGAAAACACAGAGAACAAAAGGACAGUCAUGUUAGAGCAGGGACCAAACAUUUACAGCAAAGUAUCAGCUGCUGCCUGCAUGCUACGUCCAUUACGGUAUUCCACAGCUAUUUAUCAGUGGAGCAGAGGAGCCAGACGGAUGCAGAGAUAGAGAAAAGGGAGAGGACAAGGGAAGCACAGAUUGCUGCACAUCCAGACUCCAGCAGCAGCCUCGUUUUCACCACAGCAAAGGCAGCCACAGGACUUUAAGUCAUCCCCCACAUCAUGUUGAGGAAGGGCUCAGAGCUGAUGAAAGGUGACAGAGAGGUCCUCCUCGAUCUGGACUAUGGGGGUGAAGCACAGACCACAGACAGCUAUGGGAGUCUGCAGAAUGGGAGCUUCAUCCCACCAAGAUAUCUUUCAGCCGCUGCAGCUGACAAAGAUAUGGACGGUGAUGAUCCCAUUUAUGUUCACUGCAACACAAGAAGUAACCAGCCAGUUCCACAGCUCGGGAAUUACUUCAGAGAUGGAAGAACUAAAAUUGACUUUGUUCUGGUUUGGGAGGUUCGCUCUCGGAGGAAGCGGCGAGGGAAAGGGAGGAGCGAGGGGACCGGUGAGGAGGGAGAGGCUGGGCCAACUGAGGAGAGCAGCAGGUCUGAGCGAAGGAAGGCACAGCUGGCACAGUGGAGGGAGAAGUUUGUCCAGAAUCUGGAGAGUGCAGGAUUACUCAUGGAACAGGAGGAAACAGCAAAUGAGAAGAAAACGAUACAUUUUCUGAAACUUAGUGCUCCCUGGGAUGUGAUGGUGUAUUAUGCUGAGGAACUCUGUCUGAGAGCUCCACUGCAGGCACAGCCACAUCUGGACUUAAACACUUCUGCCCAGGUACUGAAGAGACUAUGCAUACCUAAUGCAAUGACAGAGUCAGUGCCAAACAGGCCACUGGACUAUUACACAUGUGCCUUUCGCAAGUCAAAGAUGAGCAGAUUCCUUGGCUGUGACGACCACGAAGCCUACUUCACUAAUACACAGAGGCACCGUGUAGUGUAUGAGAUUCUUGCCAGCACAGUUUAUGGUAAAAGGAAGCGGGCUGAGGUUGGAGUGGACAGACUGAUAAAUGAAGGGGCGUACUCUGCAGCUUUCCCCCUGCAUGAGGGCCCUUUCCAGCUUCCAAAGUUUGAGGUUCGUCCCGACGAGUUAAACCAGAGGCAGGUUCUUUACCAGUACUGGGCCCGCUGGUUCAAAUGGUACAAGUACCAACCACUGGAUCACAUCAGGGAGUACUUUGGAGAGAAGAUUGCACUCUACUUUGCCUGGCUGGGUUUCUACACAGCCUGGCUGCUGCCGGCAGCAGUGGUUGGAACCCUGGUCUUCGUGUCUGGAGUCAUGUCCAUGGGUACCAACACACCAGCUAAGGAAAUUUGCACCAGUGGAGCCACUUAUCUGAUGUGUCCUCUGUGUAAUACAUGUAAGGCGUGGAACAUGUCUGAGAUCUGCACCAUGGCAAAGCUGGGCUACUUAUUUGACCACCCAGGGACAGUCCUGUUCAGUGUGUUCAUGUCCUUCUGGGCUGUAACCUUUCUAGAGUACUGGAAGAGAAAGAUGGCAACCCUGGCCCAUCACUGGGACUGCAUGGACUUCCAUGAAGAAGAGGAACGUCCUCGGCCAGAGUUUGCAGCCAUGGCACCAACUAUGGAGCAAAAUCCAGUGACUGGGGUCAAAGAGCCCUACUUUCCAGAGAAGACCAGGCUGUCCCGCAUGUUCACUGGCUCCAUGGUCAUCAUCAUGAUGCUGUGUGUGGUGAUGAUCUUCCUGGUGACAGUGGUCAUGUGCCGUGGGAUCAUCAGCGUGAUGAUGUUCCACACUGGAAGCCCUGUCCUGCGUACAGAGGCAGGGACCAUUGCCAAUAUCUCCAGCAGUAUUGUGAAUCUGGGCCUCAUCCUGUUGAUGGGCCGGGUCUACACUGCAUUAGCUGAGCAGCUCACUAAAUGGGAGAUGCACAGAACACAAACCCAGUACGACAACGCCUUCAUCUUUAAGGUGUUCAUCUUCCAGUUUGUCAACUUCUAUUCAUCUCCUUUCUAUGUGGCUUUCUUUAAAGGAAGGUUUGUGGGUUAUCCCACCAACUAUGGCACCUUGUUUGGGAUGAGAAAUGAAGAUUGUGGUCCUGGAGGUUGUCUCAUUGAACUGGCUGAACAACUCUUCAUCAUCAUGGUCGGAAAACAACUCAUCAACAACGUUCAGGAGUUCAUUAUCCCUAAAGUGAAGGCCUGGCGCCAGAAGAGAACUUUGGCCAAGGUGCUGGGGGGUAAGGCAUCCCAUGAGCCACGGCGGUGGGAAGAAGACUACCAGCUGGUGGAGUGUGAAGGCCUCUUUGAGGAGUACCUGGAGAUGGUGCUCCAGUUCGGGUUCAUCACCAUCUUCGUGGCGGCGUUCCCCCUCGCUCCGCUCUUCGCUCUCCUCAAUAACUGGGUGGAAGUCCGUCUGGACGCCCACAAGUUUGUAUGCGAGUAUCGGCGGCCGGUAGCUGAGCGCGCCCAGAACAUUGGAGUCUGGUUCAACAUACUGGAGGCCCUGUCACAUCUGUCCGUCAUCGCCAAUGCUUUUCUAAUCGCCUUCACAUCAGACUUUUUACCUCGUCUCCUCUACCAGUACAAGUUUGAUAAUGAACUCAAUGGAUACGUCAACUUCACCUUGGCUUACGCCCCGAUUAACUACACUGAGUACCCCAUGUGCAGGUAUAAAGCAUACAGAGACAACAAUGGAAGCUACACAUUAUUCUACUGGGAGCUCUUGGCUGUCAGACUUGGUUUUAUCAUUGCUUUUGAGCAUGUAGUGUUCUUCGUGCUGCGAGCCAUCGACUGGCUCGUACCUGAUGUCCCAGAAUCCCUGGAGCUGAAGAUCAAGAGGGAGCGCUACCUGGCCAAGCAAGCUCUAGCUGAGAACCAGGAGGCCCUGCUGGUGAGUCGAGGCCAAGGGGCCGCCCCUGCCACUCCAGGCACCUCCAGCCCAGUGAAUGUUGCUGGAUGAGGACAGGUGAGUACGACACAACUACACACAAGUAAGUAAAUGACAUUCUCAAAAAGGAGGUCAUGAUUACAGAACUGAUCGAAAUAAAAUGAACUCCAGUUUAUGAAUUAGUUUUAAGUACAUUAAGCACCACAGUACAGUUACAUCUACCACCAUCUCCUGCUACAACAUCUAAAGUCAUAUUUAACUUUUCAACAGAAGAGGGAACAGAAUUCACACCAGGGAUUAUAGUUACAGAUGUUAUUUAUUUAUUAUAGAGCUUUUGUCGGUGGGCUAAACGUUUAUAUGUCCCCCUCUCCCCUCUCUCCCUCUCUUUGUUAUGGAGCUAGUUGUUGUUACUGAGGAGAGGAUGUUGUAGCUGCUCAACUAUAGAGCUGGGUGAUAAUGGUGUGAAUAGGAAUAGGAAUUUAUUUCAGACAUUGCAAAUUAUGCAAAAUUAGAAGUAAAAUAAUUGAUGUUCAUGAUUAAUUGAUUAAUUGAUGUUUGUAAUUAACUGAGUUCCACUGUUAUCACCUACAGCUCUUCAAAUGUGUUAUAAAACAUCCUUCCAUAUCUCCGUUUGUUACAGUUUUAUUUGGAAAUAAUUUAUUUGGAGGCAUAAUUCUGUAAUGUGACACAAUAUUAUAUUAUUAUUACAUUAUGAUGUCACUCAAAGUUGGUAAAUGAUAAUACUGAAUUGUCACAGAGCACCAUUCUCAACAUAAACUACAGCCUCAUCAGUGUGUGAGUUAACUAUGGAGCUGGAGUCAGGACAUCGUUAGCGUAGCACAAAGAUUGGAGGGAGCUAACGUGGUUCUGUCCUAAGUCACAAAAACAAGCUCACCAACACUGACUAAAAGAUUUUAUCUUGUUUCUUUGUCUUUCACAUGGACGGAAAUGUAAUAGACUUAUACGUCUCUCAGGCUACAUCACAGUCAGUGAGCACAGGCUUUGGUUUUAUGUACAGUUAUACUAAAUCUGCACCUGGCUGCUGUAUAUAAAGAAAUAUUUACAUCAUGUAACCAAAACCCUAAAAACCACUGACUGUCGUAUCGAUCUUCUUGUCUAACUCCUCACCAGCGAGCAAAUAAGCAUAUGGCCUGAAAUGUUAAACUAUUCCUUUAAUCCCUAAAGUAAACUGAAAUGUGAUUAUAACUCUUUAUGUUUGUUGAAUAAAAGGCUGCAGUCAGCAGCCUGUUAGCUUUUAGCACAAUGACUGGAAACAGAGAACAGUAACUUUCUGGAGUCUUUGCAGGUUGUCUGUCAAGAAAAUGCCACAAAAGUCAAGAAAUAGUCCAUAACUUGUUACUAACUUAGUAAACUUCAGAGAUGUUGGCGUAUGGAUUUUGUGAUCUUUAAACAGAACCAGGUUAUCUGUUCCCCUCUAUUUCCAGUCUUUAUGCUAAGCUAACACACUGUGACUCCAGCUUCUUACCUAACACACAGACAUGAGAUUGACAUUGAUUCUAAUCUCAUUCUUGGAAAGAACAUAAAUAAACAAACUGUAUUUCCCAAAACAUCUUAAACCACAUGGUAGCUGCGGUAAUGUGUUUUAUUGCCAGUGUCACUUUUAUGACCAGUGUGUGCCACAGGAAUACAGUACAGUGGCAGCAGGUCAUAAUUCAGCAGCAUGUUGCAGCAGAGAUUGUAUGUGUCAGCUUUUUUUUCUAACACCAUACCUCUUACAGUUGUUAGUCUGACAGAACUAAUUCUCUCCUCUGUCUCUCUGCUCCCUCCUCAUUCCUUCCAUGUCCAAACCCAACUGCACUGCUUCCCCUGAAGCAAGCAACACGUCCUUUGGAAACAUGAGUUAGGACUCUACCGUGGAGAAGGAGUGGUGGGAGAUAAUAUUGGAGGAAUCAGAGACACUCCUUUGCGUCUGGGAUAACAUCAACUGAACUUUUUACCUGAGAGGAGGACUGUUAAGGAGCUGGGAUUCUUAUGUAACGGAGGCUGAUCUCACCCAAAACUCAGUUUACCCACCUUUUCAUUUGAGGAACAUUUUCAGACAGAAUCACGACUUACACUCACUCUAGGCCUGUACAAGUUACAUCCUCACAAUCUGUCUUUGAUGCAGAGAGGUCACUCAACUUCUUUAUCCACACUGGGCGCUGAGCUACAGCAGCUGGGCUUCAGCCUGAUCUGACUAAAGCUUCUUAAAAAAUGUGAUUUAUACAAACUGUAUCACGGUGAAUGCUGUAAUGAUAAAUUGAUCUUACAUGUUUUUAACACUGAGGGGGCUGUUCACUGGGGGGCAGUAUAGCAGAGGCUGAGGUGUCCUGACUUUUGGUGUGGGUCAAAAAAAUCCCAUAAUGCAGCUAAAGGUUUGAUUCAUUUUCUGCACAAAAAACUCCAACUGUGUUAGAAAAUAUCUGCUUCUUUCAGUUAAAAGAUACAAAGAUUUAAGUCUGUGUAGAUCAAAAUGUUAACAAUGACCUUUUUAGAAAAGUGAUAAAUGACAAAUUCACUUUCAAUUCUGCAUCAGUGUUAGAUGAAUGUGGUAACUAUGGUGCCAUGUUUUGUUCACAAAUGCAACAAUGAAGUGUUUGAAUUCACUGCAGGUCUAACUGGGUUCUUUUCCAUAGCAACAAAGGCCGAGGCUUAUGGGUAUUGUAGUAUUUAGAAACUUCUGCCAUGCCAAAGUUAUGGAAAAGAAACAGGAUUUCUUAGAAACAAAGUUGAAAUGAUUAAAACUGAUGACCACAACAUAAACCUGUAGUAUCAUCACAUGAUCAAAGAGCUUCCUGUGUUUCUGUGUUGAAGAACAUAAAAACAAAUAUUUUCAUUGGGAAUUUACAGGAGGGAAAAUCCUUCUGGAACCAACCACCGCUCCCACUUGAUUAUCAGCAACUUGAUUAGACUUUCCCUGUCUGGUGUCUUUCAAGCUUCACACCUCCAGUCUCUCUCAAAGGUUUGUAGUCCCUGUUUAUGUGACUGAGCUGCUCCAGAGCAAAAGGUGAUAUUAAACAACAGGCUGAAGAGUCUUCAACACAAUGACUAAACUGAUCUGCUUGUGUAAAAUCGGCAGAUUGCUCCUUUAAUUAUAAGGAUAAAUUGUUUUUUUUUUUUUCUUAUGAUGACACUGACCUGAGGUUAAAGUACAUCUUCUUCUUACAAUGAGCUGAUACUGUAAAUUGCCAAACAAUGUGUUUUUAGGCUGUGAUUGUGAGCUGAAAACACUGCUAUUAUUACAAAGAUUAUCUGUUGUCUUCACCAUGGGAUAAAAAACACCUGCAGAAAAAAACACAGUUUGUUCAUGCAAUACACAUAUCCUGUCCACGUUUACUGUCCAUGAAUGCUGAGCAUGUCUUUUUACAUGAAUCUGCACAGUGUUGGAGGAUUUCAGAGAGCUGCUCAUGUACAAAACUGUAAACAGGAGUGAAUCAGAGCCUCGAUACAGGGCAUAUUUUGUGUGUGAGCUUUUUAGACCAAAAUAAAUCUAGUUUAAUGAAUGCAGAUGCCUCCUCAGCACAGGACUGUGAAAUGCUGAUGUGUAAGUGGGGAGAUACUGUACUCACUGUGCUGAAGGGAU